CCGACCGAGUGUCUCCCCUUACGGAUCCCCAGUCUUAUUUGUGUCGAAGAAGGUGGGAACUCUGAGGAUGUGCAUUGACUAUAGGGGCCUCAAUGCCAUCACUGUCAAGAACCGAGAGCCCCUACCUCGCAUCGAUGACUUGCUAGAUAGAGCGCAAGGGUGUCGGUACUUCAGUAAGAUAGAUCUGAAGUUCGGGUACCAUCAGAUUGCAAUCAGGCCCGAGGAUCAACCCAAAACCGCAUUUCAGACCAGGUACGGUCUGUACGAGUUUGUGGUGAUGCCUUUCGGCCUCUGCAAUGCUCCUGGCACCUUUCAGCACGCUAUGAAUCAGAUCUUUCAUGACUACUUGGAUAAGUUUGUCAUCGUGUACCUCAAUGACAUACUUAUUUUUCGUAGGACUGUCGAGGAGCAUGUUGCGCACUUGGACAAAGUCCUCAGUCUCCUUCGGCAGCACAAGUUCAACAUCAACGGGGAGAAGUGCGAGUUUGGUCGCACCCGGAUCUUGUACUUGGGUCAUGAGAUUUCCGCAGAGGGUUUGAAGCCCAAUGACGCGAAGGUGGCCAGCAGUCGUGAUUGGCUGCGUCCUCAGUAUGUGACUGAAAUGAGGUCUUUCUUAGGUAUGACCGGCUACUACCGUAACUUUGUUAAGAACUAUAGUAUAGUGGCCGCCCCUUUGACUGACCUGACUCGCCUUGACACCCCGUGGGAGUGGACAGACAGGCCUGGCGAGAGCCUGUCCAUGGACUUCAUGGACACGCUGGUCACCAGCAAGAGUGGGAUGAGACACAUCUUUGUUAUCGUGGAUAGGUUUAGUAAGUACGCUAGGUUAGUUGCAAUGUCGGAGACAACAAAGACCGAGUAUGUGAUUAGACUCUUCAAGGAGAACUGGGUCAGAGACUUUGGGCUCCCAAAGUCUAUUGAAGGUGACAAGGAUGUCCUAUUCACAAGUCCAGAUGGGCCGUCAUAUGUAGUUCACAUCCCUCGUCACCUACGCACUCACCCUAUAUUCUACGCCUCCAAGCUCGCACCUUUCAAGGAAACUGACCAGUUUCCCUCUCGUCGUUCAAUGCUGCCCCCAACCAUGGACGGAGAAGUCGACAUCGAUGACAUCGUGGAUCACAAAGAAAUGCCAGUUCCAAGACCCACCGGCAGGGGACGUCCUCCGAAACCGAAGCUGCAGUAUCGCGUUCGGUUCAGAUAUCACACUGAUCCUAAGGAGGAUAGAUGGUUUACACAGGAGGAACUGAUGCAGACCGCUCCACAGGUUGUCGUCCACUACGAGAAGUUACUGCAGAAAGGAAAGCGCCAGAUUGACUAAACUUCUCAAAGGACUAGCGAAGUGUGGAGGAGGGAAUGUGAAGCCCUACUGGGCCCCUAUUUGCAACAGUGUC